GCCCUGUCAGCAGAAUCUCAGACACCAGCGACCCCUGGACUCCUUUCUUCCGUCAGUCUUCCAGGCAGAUAUGAAGAGGAGACUCCUGCUGGUGUCCAACUCCACGCUGCACGGCAGUGGCUACCUGGACCACUGUCAGCACAACAUCUCACAGUUCUUCGGAAAGGAUGUGAAGAGGGUGCUGUUUGUUCCUUACGCCCUCCACGACAGAGAUGCCUACACCAAGGCUGCCAGGGACAAGUUUAAGAGUCUGGGUUAUGAGGUGGACGGCAUCCACGAGGCCUCGGACCCGGUCGAAGCCGUGCGGAAGGCUGAGGGCAUUUUCAUAGGAGGAGGCAACACUUUCCGGCUGCUGAAGAGUCUCUACGACAACAAGGUGGUGACGGAGAUCAGGAAGAGGGUGAUGGAGGACGGCGUCCCCUACAUGGGCUCCAGCGCCGGCACCAACGUGGCCACCGUCAGCAUCAACACCACCAACGACAUGCCCAUCGUCUACCCUCCGUCCUUCUCCGCCAUCGGCCUCGUCCCCUUCAACAUCAACCCCCACUACCUGGACCCCGACCCCAGCAGCCGCCACAUGGGGGAGACCAGGGAGCAGAGGAUCACCCAGUACCACGAAGAACCCAACACUCCAAGUGUCCUGGGUCUGAGGGAGGGCUCCAUGCUGCUGGUGGAGGGAAACAAAGUCACGCUCCUGGGAACCACUAAGGCCCGACUCUUCACCAGGGGGAAACCUGCAGUGGAGUACGAGCCCGGUAACGACCUCAGCUUCCUGCUAACGGACGCCCACUGACCAAUCAGACGGAAGCAGGAAGUGACCAUCACCAGACACAUGAUGUUGCUCUGGUUUUAAAGUUUUAUGUUUGUCGAAACCGAAUAAACAUUUGAAGGAAACA